AUGCGGGAGCCUCAAUCGAAUCAUUCGUUCCCUUCUCCCCAGAGGCGCAAUUGUCUGUGCUUCCUACGCCCCAUGACCCUCCGCCCUCUCCACCGCAUCUCUCACUAUCCGGCGACCUCGAUCAAGCCAACGGCAUCCCUUGGGACCAUAAUGGCAGCCGGUGGCACUUGGAGACAGACCAUGGGCGGAUACCGCGCGCAGAUAGUUGAGAACUGCUCUUUCUUCUCUGCUCGUGAUGCCCACAUAGGCGUCAUCCUCACUCGUGAGCCUCUGGGAAACUUCAAGGCAGUCGUCAUACGGGCUGAGCACGACGGUCGAAGGGAGGCACUGCUGUCCUCCGAGAGUGCCGAUACGGUCCAGAAAGCGUACGAGUUGCUUCUGGUCAAGUCUGCGGACGCGGUUCAGAACUACAUCACCACCAAUGGCUUCGAAUUUGUCCCCUGCGCCAAGAGGGUUGUUGAUGUGAUCGAUGACGAGGACGACGGAGUCUCUUCCGUCUCCUCGGCGUCCGAUGUCAUCGAAGGUGAUUUGGAUAAGGACCUAGGUGACUCGGCCUUGUCUUUCGAUGCCGAGUCAGCCUACGAGAGCCUGACAGAAGACGAGGGCGGCGCUCGCUAUGCCAGGGCGAGAGGCACCCACCCCUCGCGCAACGCCCACAUGUAUCCCAAGUGGGUGAGGCGCUCUUCUCGCUCACCGAGGCGGGAUGACCCGGACUUCCCGCACGAAGGACACCAGCUGCGAGGACACCACCAUGCGCCUCAGCAUAAUUUCCCCAUCCACCGUCGGCGUUCGAGUCCUAUAGGGGCAUUCAGCCCCAAUGCUGGUGGCCCCAUCGCUCGUCAUGUCCCUCCUGGCGCGACAGGGCCACCGGCUGCGAUGGGCCCAUUGCAACCCGGGGGAUGGAGGGCCGGUCCUGGAGCUCCCAUCCCACCACCGGUCAUGGUCGGACAUCCAGGUCAUCCACUAUACCCCGAGCAUAUCCCAAUGGAAGGCUUGCGGGCCCAUCCAUCACAGCCGUUCCGCCUCCAAGGCCCAAUGCCUGGGAGACUGAUACCACCUCCACCGCCCAACAAUCUACCGCCACAGCCCCAGGUGAAGUCCGCCGUCAGCAACAUCAGCCUCAUAAGCAACAACAACAUCGCGGCACCCCGCAAGUCCACAAGCCCGAUAUCCCUUGGCCAAGACGCCCACCCAGCCACCCAGGCGCCACCCCCGUCCGCCCCAUCAUCAUCUUCAUCAUCGACCUCUUCCACGCCCACUCACGUGGCCAGCCCCAACAAGCCCCCUCCGCCACCGCUCCUGCAGCAGCAGCCCCAGUUCCCUGCCGCCAUCGACUACCGGCUGUGCAUCAAGUCGCGCGUCCCCGGCACGGGCGACGCCAGCGAGCAGCGCAUCGUGGUGCGCACGCCGCCGACGCGGCCACACGUGCGGGCUGCCGCGCUGCGCUACGUCGAGUACAACCCAAUACUGUUCAAGCAUCUCUUUUCGGCGUUCGGCAAGGCGGCGGCGGGGCCGGACGGUGCGCCCUCAGCGGACAGGCACCUGCGCGCCAACGUCACGCGCGUCGCGUUCGCCGGCGGCGAGAGCUAUGACCUCACCACGUACGGCGAGGACGACCUCAGCCGCCUGUGUGCCAGCGUCAUCGGCGGCCAUGUCGGCGGCGCGGGUGGUGAGUUGCCUCUGUUUGAUGUUGUGGUGACUAGUGUUGGGCCGGCUGGGUCCUUUUUCACGCUUUCUUGA